AUGGCGCCCUCAGCCACUGACACGCAGCCCCAAACCGCAACUACCGACAGAGUUCUGGUCAAGCCAUGGAGCCGUCCUGCACCCACGUCCGAGGACCUGGACUGGGCGCCACUCGUUAAGAUCGAUCUCUCCCGCUUCGACGAGCCAGGCGGAAAGCAGGAACUUGCCAAGCAGCUCUAUGAUGCAGUCACCAAGGUUGGCUUCUGGGUGGUUGUUAAUUCCGGUAUUGAAGACGACCGUGUCCUUAAACAAUUCAGCCUCGGCAACACAUUUUUCAAGGAGCCUCUAGAGGAGAAGAGCAGAUUCCCUUGCAACUUCCCCAAGGGAGAGUACUUCGGAUACCGCGAUGCUUCGCGAUGGAUUGGUGAUACUGGUGUCAAAGAGAAUAUUGAAAUGCUCAACAUCCCCAAAGCAAUCCCCGCCUAUAAAGAUGAGGGCAGACAUGAGAUCGUCAAAGCCCACUAUGACGAGAUCGCAAAGUUUCACCGUGAUGUUUGGGAGAAGGUUGCCCGCAAGCUCUUUGUGCUCAUUGCGAUCAUUCUGGAGCUGCCCGAAAACUAUCUCGCGGAUGCGCACGCAUACGAUGAGAACUCUGAUGACCAUCUCCGCUAUAUGAUCUACAACGUAAGGACACAAGACGAAUGGGACCGCGCACAGGCCUACUCGAAAGGUGGCCACACCGACUUCGGAAGUCUAACUCUACUCUUCUCGCAACAUGUUGCAGGUUUGCAGAUUCGCACACCAGAAGGGGCCUGGAAAUGGGUCAAGCCAGUUGAAGGUGGCAUUACAUGCAAUGCAGCGGAUACCUUAACUUUCCUCACUAAGGGUUUCGUAAAGUCUACCGUGCAUCGGGUUGUGACACCACCAAAGGACCAGCUCAACAUACCCCGUCUCGGUUUGCUCUACUUCAGCCGACCUGGAGAUAAGACGCCGAUGAAGCCCGUUCCUUCCCCUCUACUCGAGCGCCUCGGGCUCCUCACUGAAGAAGACAAGAAUGACAGUACUGAGGCGGUCACCGGCACCCAGUAUGUUCGGGCACGGGUCAAGGAUGUUCAUGACAAGAAAGUGUUGGAUAAGCGUGAAGGCACUUCCUUCGAGUUUAAGGGGCUAAAGGUUCAGAAUUAUUACGAGUAA